AUGUCGCUGGGCGAGGAGUUUCGCUCUCGGAAUUUCAGCAUCUACGGACAAUGGACCGGUGUUGUCGCAAUCAUCCUAUGCUUUGCCCUGGGCAUUGCGAAUAUCUUCUCCUUCAACGCAAUUGAGAUUAUCUUCUCAGCCUUAUGUCUCCUCUCCUCCUUCUUAAUUCUCUUCAUCGAGGUCCCCUGGCUCCUCCGGAUCUGCCCUACCUCCUCCAAGUUCGAUGGCUUCAUCCGCCGCUUCACCACCAACUGGAUGCGCGCCGCCUUCUAUACAAUCCUCAGCGCUAUCCAAUUCAUCAGUCUCUUCAACCGGGUAUCAAGCCUCCUGGCUGCCGCGAUCGUGCUCAUCAUCGCGGCUUGUUUCUACGCACUGGCUGGAAUCAUGAGUCAAGAAUUCGUGGGCAGCAAGACCCUGGGUGGCGUCGGGGUUGCGCAGAUGAUUGUCUGA